CGUAAACGCCCGUUCCUCCCCCUGCCACGCAGCCACACUCCGCUUCCGGAGGAGAGGAGCUGGACCGAAUUCCAAAGGAGGCAGCGCUGCCUUCUCUGUAAAUUGACCGAAGCGCAAUGGCAAGCAAAACAGGACCAGAGCAUCUCUUCAACCCUGCUACUGAAAUGGAGACAGCAGGGACGGUGUUGGGCACCAAGAUCAACAUCCCAGCUCUCCUCCCCCAAGGACCCGCCAAGGAGUGGCUGGAUCAGCGCCGGGCCACCAUCCGGCCCUGGGCCAACUUCAUUGACCAGCGGCGCUUUGGGAAGCCUCGGAAUUUCGGGGAGCUCUGCAAGCGGCUUGUGCGCAACGUGGAAUAUUUUCAGAGCAACUACGUCUUCGUCUUUCUGGGACUCAUCGUCUAUUGCCUCAUCACGUCUCCACUGCUCCUGAUUGCGCUUGCUGUUUUCUUCGGAGCCUGUUACAUCAUCUACCUGAAGACCCAGCAGUCACAACUUGUUGUCUUUGGGAAGGAGCUCAGCACAGCCCACCAAUACGGCCUGGCUGGAGGCGUCUCCUUUCCAUUCUUCUGGUUGGCGGGAGCUGGCUCUGCUGUCUUCUGGGUGCUGGGUGCCACGUUGGUAGUUAUUGGUUCACAUGCCGCCUUCCAUGAACUGGAAUCUGCCGAGACCGAUGAGCUGCAGAUGGAGCCUGUGUGAAUGGCGUGGGGCAGCCAAGUGCCCUUCGCCCCCUAUAUCGCUGUUACCCUGUCCUGUGUAAAUACCGCUGCUAUUCCAUUCCAUUGCCAUGUGCCAGACCCUUCCUUCCUUCCUUCCCCAAGAGACUGGCUUUGAGGCUCUCUCCAGAUCUUAGAAACCCUUGAUGCUCUCCCUACUUUUUUGCGGGGGGGGGG